UGUAGUUCAUGUUUAAUUCUAGAAUGCCACAUGUCAUGUAAAGAACUAAUAUCAAUUUUUAAUUUCUAUUUCAAGCGAUGUAUAUGUUCAGUAAUUGUGUCCUAUCAGUGUAUCUUUAAUAGUUCUCGCGCUCGGGAAAACCUGGGUUAUUUAUCAGCGAAGUCAGAGGAAGAAGAGUCGAAAGUAUAGUUAAAUAGAAAUGCGGGCUGCCUCAACGAGUCCUCAUUAAAUAUUCCGUCUUAAAGUUGUUUAACAUUCUCUACACAACUGAUUUCCAUUGCUAAUUAUCCUCCUAUUACUAUUUGUAAAGUUCAUUGGUCUUUAUUAUUUAAAUCUGUAACCCUGUGUGCCGUCUUGGCACGGUAGAUCAUCAUCCUUAUGAAAAAAACUCCCCAAUACUUACAGAUCAAUCAAAAAUCACCAAUCCCUGCCUAUUCAACAUUUGUAAUGCUAUAUUUAUGUAAGGCUUUCCUUCAUCCAUAAGAGAAAAAUAAACACAUAUGGAUAAACAAUCAAGUGAAUCAAGGUGUGAUGUAGUGUGUCAAAUCCUAUUAUAGCAAGCAGUUGAUUCACUCUAGAUAAACCCAUGCUAGGUAAAUAUGUACAAGGGCAUAUGCUGUAACAAACUCCAGAUCCCUUGCUUAAUCAUCAUCUUUGUGAAUAUAUAGAGACUUUGAUUGCGCUUUGUUUCAUGUCUAAAACUACUUGAGGAAACAAAGGGGGGAUAUUUGGCAAGCCGGGCCAUAUUGUUCGUUAUGGACCGCUUUUGGCGUGAAAUAAUUUAGCGGUUACGGGACUGGGCGGGGAAAUCGUCCCAACAUUGAAAGAAUAGCCCUGGAGCGUGUAAGAAAUCUAGUGCCUGGAGGGUUUAAAGAUAAUGUUCGUUGUGUUCAAUUAUCAAACUAUCGUUUUCAUUUUUGAUGGAGUACAGAUCGUCCUCAUGAGCCUUUUGACCUUAUUGUCUUUCUAGGUCACCAGCCACAAGUCUUUUCCUGACUGUCAAUCAGAAGCUACUCUAACAAUCUUGAACAACAUGUCCACAAGAGCAAAGAAACGACGUACAUCUUCAUGUAAAGAACCUCGAACUAGACCAUCCACUCGCUAUGCAACACGGUCCUUCAUUAAGCAAAGGCAAGCAAGCGGUAUUGAGAGUCURGGGUCGUUCUUUGGUGGUCUGCCUCCUGAAAUGAUCAAGCUWGURGUSUCAUUCUUAGACGCCCCUGCGUUAUCCAACUUYGGUUCRUCUUGUCGUCUACUGAGAUCCUACACCGAAACAUCAUGGAAAGAACUUUCUAAAAGACAAAAUCUACAUUUCCCAUUGACAAUUCUCUGCGUCGCGAACCCAGCGACAAGUGAAUCGAUCUAYGAUUAUGACAAAGCUUUGAAGUUGUGCACUAGCGAAGAGAAGUGGAAGAUGGCKGCAAAGAGAAAUUGGUUGUACUCAAGAUGGAGAUGUGUGGUGUGCUUYAGAAACUGCUCGUCCAGAGUGGAUGCACAUUUUGACAUCGCGUUGUGUGACACAUGUCACCCGCUGUUUUACCGACGGAAGUGUCACGCAAAGGAGCAAUUCAGUUUAACAGAGAAAGAYCUUCGUGCAUUGGACAAUGAUUCGUACGAGUACAUCGUAUCUGAUCUCAUCAAGAUUGCACGGCAAAAGUAUGGCAACAAAACUGCCCUUGAAGAACGACUACACGAAAGACAAAAGCAACGCACUAAGAGAGAAUCUGAGAAGCAAUGUGCACUUGUUCAUCGAGAGAGAGAAGUAGUCAGAGCUCUGGAGACCAUGAGUAGUUCCUAUGAAGAUAUYAUGGGUGUGGAUGCAAGGUGUAUGCCUUAUGUAAGUACACCAGGAAGCUACCAGUACUCACCRCAGCAACUACCAGAGGAUGCUGCCAAGUGGUUGAUAGCAUGGAAAGACCGUCAAGAGACAAGACAUAAGUUAYURUUAGCAGAGAUUAGUGCAAGAGCUUCUAGAUGUAAGGGAUGUMGAGCCAAAUAYGACCAUCGUCACCUAAAAUAUCACUAUUCCCUGUGUAGGAUUGUCCAAGUUUCAAAAUGUACCCAUGUAUCUAAAGAAGAAGCAGACCACCUCACAAAGUCAAUCACAGAUAAUUUCAGCCAUGAUAUCGCCCACUACAGUAGACACGGUCAACUAUCCUAUGAGACUGGAGUAUACGACCUUGAACAUCGAUCAGCACAAGAGCUUUUUCUUAGAAAUGAAAGAAGAAUGAAACUAAAGGAAGAACUUCUCAGUCAGCAGGGAGAUUGGCCGGACAUAUUGAAUGGMAUUAAAGACCCCAUGAACUGCACAUUUUCACAAGAUUACAUCUACAAAGGUGUCGCUAUACUUGAYGCAGAAGGGAACAAAUGUAAGCUGAGAACAGCWAAGGAUGUUGCUCGUAUCAUCCUAGCACAAGCACGUGGAUGGAAUCGAAGAUACAACCAACUUAARGAGCAGCUCAUUGUWAAGGGUUUUAUACCUCCAUUCAGAAGCCUUAAGAUUGAGAGUCAGUUGCUGAUUGACGACUUUGUUGAUAACAUGAUUGUAGUUAGAGGAGACCAUAUAGUAGCUUGUACAGCAGUAGAGGUUGCUAAUAGAAUAGCAAUUAUUCAAGGGCUUGCUGAGGAACAGAAGUCUGCUGUUGCAGAGAGAUGUGCUCGAAUAUAUGCUGAUUGUAACCCUAGACCAGAUUAUAACCGAAUGAAGCAGGAAAGGAGAUCUAGUUUAGUUCGUUUUAUGAACAUCUCAAGACCAGUAGAGGAAUUAGUUAAAGAAUCACCUUGUUGGUGUGCGGCACAAGAAUAUAUUAAUUGUGGCACAACGACAUCACUAUUUGGAUACAAAGUCAGUACAGUAGAGGCUACAGCGGAACUCAUUUAUCUCAAACUUUAUCUCAAUGUCAGAAGCAAYUCCAAAAAGAGAAAAGCAACAGAAUAAUACAUAGCUUAGCGGUAAUUUUUGAAAURUUAAUAAUAUAGUUACAAUGAUUAUAAUGAAUUUAUUACGAAAAUGGUUUAUACACCAAGUGAUUGAAUAUAAAAUGAUACAAUGCCGUGCUACUAGCUAGGUGUAAUGUUAAUGUUAGGGUAUCAAAAAGAUAUCAAAAUUAUGAAAAAUUAAAAUUUAUAAUAAUAAUUUGAAAUUUCCACCGACAAAAUAAUGGUUUCAAAGUAUUGAUAAUUUGUUGGUUAUUUUUGUUAUUGUUGAAAACAAUUUAAACUUGCGAGAAUGAUUUCCAAUCAGUGAAUAAUUUGUUAUAUUUUUAAACUCAACAAAGAGAGCAAAGGAAUAGAAAUAUAACUCUUUGCAAAAUACUGCCUGGUGCUGUCAAUUAAAAAUAGCUUUAUUUCAAGAGUUAAUGUUACAAGCCAAAAGAGUGAAGGCAGGCAUUACAAACCAAAACUAGUAAUGUAAAUAGACAAAAAUGAAAGAAAAUAACACAAAAUACACAAUAUAAAGCAAACAAGAAGUCUUCUUCAGACUUUUCAGUGUUAUCUUGAAAAAGAUAACUGUCCCUUGGCAUCACCACAAAUGAAACCUUCUUUCAUACCAUUCCUACAGACAUUAUCUAUCAUAGUGAUUAUAAACUAACUGGAUAUCACAGUUCAAUUAGCCUCCGUAGCAGAUGUUCCAAGCGGUUCAAUUCUCUCCCGCAGAGAGAAUCGAACCGCUUGGAACGUCUGCUACAGAGGCUACAGUUCAAUAAGAAAAAUGGAGUUAACUUUCAAGAUUUUGAAGACUAUUUUGUUUAAAUCUCAUUUAGAGCCUUUACUCUUUGUUGGGUUUUGCAAUUAUUAUUAAUAAUUUACUAGGGUUUAGUAGCACCAAAAGAAAAAAUUGGAAAAUAUUGCUAAAAACAAAAGAUUGAAUUAUUUUGAAAAAGGUUUGAUAUACGAUUUAUUGUAAAGAAUCAAAAGUAUGAUUUAUAACAACAACUUGAAAUGGAACUCAGGAAAAAAAAACGUUUCUUAAAGUGAUGCAUCUCACUUUUGUGCAAAUCGAUAACACAAUUAGAAAAAUAUUUGUACUUGUUCUCUUCACAUAAUAAAACAUUUUUACAAAGA